GGUAGACGCUUGGAUGUGUUUAUUGUUCCUUCCCUUCGAGAGAAAGGAGGCUAGCAAGGCGAAGCGCUAACGAAUACCGAGACGCUUACACUGGCCAUUUUCAUACGGUUUCUAGGAGCGGAGACACAGUAAAACGGCCAAGGCAGGUUGACACAGGACCCAGUGGCCAUGGCAUAUGCAUACCUCUUCAAAUACAUCAUUAUCGGAGACACGGGUGUGGGGAAAUCAUGCCUAUUAUUACAGUUCACCGACAAGCGGUUUCAGCCUGUUCACGACCUCACUAUCGGUGUGGAAUUUGGGGCACGAAUGAUUACUAUAGAUGGUAAACAGAUCAAGCUGCAGAUCUGGGACACGGCUGGCCAAGAGUCUUUCCGCUCCAUCACUCGAUCCUACUACAGAGGAGCAGCCGGCGCCUUGCUAGUGUACGACAUCACAAGAAGGGACACGUUCAACCACUUGACAACCUGGUUGGAAGACGCUCGCCAACAUUCCAACUCCAACAUGGUCAUCAUGCUCAUUGGGAACAAGAGUGACCUGGAGUCCAGGAGAGAGGUGAAAAAGGAGGAAGGGGAGGCCUUCGCCAGGGAGCACGGCCUCAUAUUCAUGGAGACCUCCGCCAAAACCGCCUCCAACGUAGAAGAGGCAUUCAUCAACACAGCAAAGGAGAUCUACGAGAAGAUUCAGGAGGGUGUCUUUGACAUCAACAAUGAGGCUAACGGCAUUAAAAUCGGGCCCCAGCACGCUGCCACCAACUCCACGCUCUCCGGUAGCCAAGGGGGCCAACAGGCUGGGGGAGGAUGCUGCUGAACACCCCCCACCCCCCAACCCCGGUCUCAUACCACCACCCAUUCCCCAACCCCCUCGUGCCCCACCCCUUGUGUUUCUACUGGACUGGUUGGGAUCACUAACAUUUUCUUAACCCCUCCCUCCCCCACAGCCUUGCCACAGGAGAGUCAUAAGUGUAUACUAGAUGGCUGUCAAGUAAAAAAAAAAAAACAACAAGCAAAACAUGUUAAAAGUACCCCAGUCCUGGGGCAAAAACGCUCCUGUAUAAGAGCAUCAGAGCCUGUCUGGCUUGUAAGAUUUGUAGGGUUUACUGUUGUUUCAAUGAAGGCAAAAUUGGCAGGAUGCUUUAGGAUUGGGACUUGUAUCUUUCUGCCAGUUGUGGAUGGUGUUCUUUUGUUUCUUUUUUAUUCCCAAUUAAGGAUAUCAUUUUUCUGUGCCCUUUUGACCUAAGGCUGAUUUGUAUUUAACACUACAAGGUUGGUCAUCAAUAGUAUUUUAAUCUGUUUCAUGUGGGUGAAAGACAGCUUUGGAAAAGUGGGGUGAACUCAAGUUUAAAAUAAAACAAAAUGAAAUGUAGAGCUGUGUCAACAGCAGUGGCCAAGUCUAAGGUGAAGAAGUUAAAAGAAGGAACGACGAUAAAAAGCAGGGCUGUUUUAAUUCUGUAUUUAUCAAGUCACAUUCUGUGUAUAUAUAGUUAUAGCUAGUAAUCCUUUUCUUGCUUUGGUGUAUGUUGACCAAGUUAGAAUUCUUUGAAUUUGCUGGGAAAAUCUAUACUGUACGGAUAGAGCUUGAAACUGCAACAGUAUUGCUAAAAAACUGCUUUGACACCAUUUUAAGAUAUUUUACUUCAUUUACUUUUAGUUUGUCCUGCCAUCUGCCUUCCCUAAUGAUCUUUCUGUACCCUAGAUCUGCUAUGACUGUGUAUAGAAACUGUGGCUCAAUACUUUGCAUCUGUCUAUUUUAAUGCCAACAUUUUGUUUACCUGUGUUCAAUAACCACAAACCCCAGAAAUUGAUCGCCUCUGCUGGGGAAAGAGAUCUCCACUGUUUGCCUUAACAUUAAGAUUGGGACAGCAGAAGGAAAAAAAAAUCAUAAUCCGGUUGCGACGGAAUCAUUCCAGUUAACUACAUGCAUAUUCUUAUACAUGCAUACAUGCCGUCAUGCAGCACACACAAAGCAUUAUUAUUAUUAUUAUUUUCAUUUAAACACACAUUACGUACAAUUACAUAAAUACUAUAAGUGCAUACCUGCACAUAGAUUUAAGGUACAUGCAUGUACACAAACACACCACAUGCUUCUGUCCAUUUACAUACAAGCCUGCAUAUAUGCAUGCAUAUGUAAAUGCAUACAUAUUUUCUCUUCAGGAUUUUGCGUUUUCCAUGCAGUCUGCUGCGGAGUGUCGUUGCAGAGCAGUGUUUUGCUGUAGGCGUGUGAAAGGCUGUGUAAAGCCUUGCUUUUUUUUGGCAGUGCGAUCUGUUAGUAGAUAUUAUGGUGAACAUCUUGUCUGUUGCCAGAGGGGUGCGGGAAAAGCCAAACCUGGAGAAUCUGUGACCCCCCUUGCUGUUAUUUGCUGUGUUGGUUCUUCUUAAAUAAAAAAAGUAAAUAAAUAUGCUAUCACAAACCAUAAUAAAACAUUCUCAACUCAUAUCAUUUGAUGGUCAUGUGGUAAAAAAAUUGCAAUGUUGAAACUUAGAUUUUGUAAUUUCCUUUUUAGAGUUGCUAUUUUGCCUCUGAUCUCCCUAUAUUAAUUUUGAGUGUCUGUGUUGGUAUAUGAAUGAAACAAUUAUAUAUGGAUCGAUACUGUAUUGUAUCUCUGAUUUAUCAAUAUAUAAAGUGAAACAUAAAGCGUG